AUGGUGAGGAUGUGUUGUGAGAUUUACAUGUACCACUCGCAAGUGCACGAAUUGAAUCUUUACAGAUAGGGUUUACUUGUAAGGGUGUCGUACCCAAGGGACUUGUGUAAAAUAAGUUUGUCAACAGAUUUAUUAAAUUCCAAAUUAAAUUGAAAGUAAGAUAAUCGAAUUGUGAUGAUUAAUUCUAAAUUAACUAAGUUAAAAAAUAAACUAAAGAACAAUGAUUAAAUAGGAUGUAGAAAAUAGAGAAAGAGAACUAGGGGAAUGACUUCACCACUAACGUCGCACCACCAGUUAAUUGCAUCAAUUUAUUGGAGAUAUAUUAUACAACAUGCACAGGAAAUUAAUCAUGGCUACAAGCACAUAUUAAUUUAGCUAGAAAAUAAUAAAAUUUAAAGCUAAGUAUAGACUAUCUUCGAUGGGCAUAAACCAUUUACCUAACUACUUUACUCUAAAGUGUAGCAUAGUCUAUAUUUUUUAGGCAUAAUCUAUCAAAUCUCUAACAUUAUAUUCAGAUAAAAACCAUUAUGUAAUUAUCUCAUUCACAACUACAAUAAGUGAAUGAGUUUUGUUCAAUCACAAGAUUAAAAUAUCUAAGACAAGAUAGAAAAAUAUUUGUAAUUGAAUUAAAACUCUAAAACCGAUUCUUAUUGAAGAGUCAAUUAAAAAUUCUAUAGAUUACACAAUCAUGCAUGAUAAAAAUUGUUCUUCAAUAAAUAAAUACAAUUAAACUAGUGUGCUAAGCUAGGGCUACAUCAUAACCCUAGCAAAGCGUUUAGCCAAUCAUGACUGGAAUGGAAUUCUUCAUGGUUGAGGAAGACAUCUUCACCGCUAUGGAUUGAUCCCUUCCUUCUUCUGAAUGCUUCUUUUCUGAUCUCAGCCUCAAGCUCCUCUGUAUGAUCAUUCAAUGCUGUAGAUGACUCCCUUUAAAUAAUAAAAGAUCAGCCUUUAAGUUCCCUUUUCCAUAUAGAAGACAUAUAUAGAAAUUCUGUCAAAUAAGGACUUCAAAAUUCGUACAUAUUUCAGUCCAAUUUUGACAAGGUAAAUAGCUGUUUUAGGGAAUCCUCGUGAAAUACAAAAUUGUAGCUUUUCGAAUUUCCGUUCGACCAGCGCGAGAAUUUAGCUGUUUUGACGCUUGAGGAGAGAGAUACAACCAGAUUACCAAAACGGGUUCAAUUCCCUUAAAUUCCUUAAAUUCCUAUAUAUAUAUAUACUGCAAUUCCCUUAAAUUCCUAUAUAUAAUUUCUAAAAAGAAAUCAUUAAAAUAUAUAUAUAUAUAUAUCUACUAUAAUUCAAUUCCCACAAUUUUGUUUUUAAAUUUUUAACAAAACACUCUCCCUUCCCUUUAUAUAUAUAUAUAUAUAUAUAUAUAUAACAUAAAAUAAAUAAAUAAUUAAGUUUAUAAAAUUUUCAUCAUAACUUAAAUAAAAUAAAAAAUAAAAAAAAAAGAAGAAGAAGAAAGAAAAGUGGUGCGAGUCUGUAUGCAGAGAGUUCUUGGGUAUGAUUAACACUCUUUUGCACGAAACCGACAACAAACUGAAUGGACUCGUCGAUUGAGUGACGGAUCUAAAGAACCGAGUUCAUCAACUUGAAGAGGAGAGAAAUAGAGAAUGCCACCAUGGAAAAGGAAGUGAUCUUUUAGGGCAACCUGAUGGGGGAAACGUUGAUGAAGAAACUGGAUGGUGAGGAUGCAAGAAUUGCAGACUAUUUCGACGUGAUUGCAGGAACAAGCACCGGUGGUAUUGUGACCGCCAUGUUAACUACACCAAAUGAAGAGAACAGCCGCCCUAAAUUUGCUGCCAAAGACAUCAAGGAGUUCUAUCUUGAACAUUGCCCUAAAAUCUUCCCUCAGGAAAGUGGUCGAUUUGCUCAUGGUACAAAAAUCAUCAAGGCCCUCUCAGGACCAAAAUAUGAUGGCAAGUAUCUCCACAAUAUUGUUAGGGAAAAAUUGGGAAACACGCGGUUGCAUGAAACAUUAACUAAUGUUGUGAUCCCUACUUUUGAUAUCAAGAGACUCCAGCCAACUAUCUUCUCAAGCUAUCAGGUGAAGAACAAUCCAUGCUUAGAUGCCUUGCUCUCCGACAUUUGCAUAUCAACUUCAGCUGCCCCGACCUAUCUUCCUGCCCAUAACUUCAAAACCAGUGAUUCCUCUGGAAAAGUGAGAGAAUUCAAUCUUAUUGACGGCAGUGUAGCAGCUAAUAAUCCGGCUUUGGUGGCGAUGGGUGAAGUGACAAAGGAGAUUAACAGGGGCAAUUCUGACUUCACUUCUAUAAAUCCGGACUAUGAUAGGUUCAUUGUUGUAUCCUUAGGGACUGGUACAGCGAAAGCAGAAGAAAAAUAUGAUGCAGAUGAAGCAGCAAAAUGGGGUGUUUUGGGAUGGUUGACAAGUGAUGGUUCUACUCCAUUAGUGGAUGUGUUUACUCAAGCAAGUGGUGAUAUGGUUGACUUCCACAUUUCAACUGUUUUUCAAGCCCUUCGCUCUGAAGAAAAUUACCUUCGGAUUCAGGAUGACACAUUAAGUGGGAUAGUGUCAUCGGUCGAUAUUGCAACCAAAGAGAACUUAGAUGAUCUAGUGAAAGUUGGGGAAGAACUGUUGAAGAAACCAGUUUCAAAGGUGAAUUUAGAGACCGGUGUCUGUGAACCGUUUAACAAGGGUACUAAUGAGGAGGCACUUAUAAGGUUGGCAGAAACUCUAUCCAAGGAGAAGCAGCUUCGCGAUACCAGAUCACCACGUGUUGCGAAGUCGAACUAAUAAAUUUUUCAACAUUAAUUUAUUUCAUUAAUUAAAUAUAUUCAUUGUUUGAAUAAGUCAUGGUUAUGCCAUUGUAGGUGACAAGAGUCAUUUGAAAUUCUUUUUGUGUAAGUAAUUUGAAUAAAUUCACAUUUAUUAUUUUGUAAUUCUUAGACAUAUGAGUGCUAAUUAUGCCAUUUCGCUCAUUGUAAUUCAUAAUUCAUCGUAUGAGUAAGUCAUGGAUAUUCCAUUGUAGGUGACAAGACUUGUUUGUAAUUUUUUUUGUAAGUUAUUUGAAUAAAUUCAUAUU